ACUGUGCGGUUGUGACUGCAGGUCUACAAUCACACUGGGUGGCAGGCGAUUAGUGCAAGCCAUAAAUGGACGAGUGGUCUGUGCUUAUCAUGGACUAUUAACUGCCUGUCUACUGAAAUUUCUGUUCUGUGUCAAGUAAGAUCUGUGAUAAGAAACGAAACUACACUCAUCAAAAGGAAACUGAGAAUGCCGGCUUUGACAGAGUAUGAGCUCGAGGACAACAAUUUCGAUGUCACAGCACAGGUCAAGGACGAUUUUAACAAGAAAGGUUACAUUUUGGUUAGGAAGUUGUUGUCUGAUGCUGAGCUGAGUAGAGUUCGAGCUGCUCUAGACAACCAAGGAGUGCUCAAUGACUACGCUUACGAUGUUGAUGAUGGAGCAGACAAGCAGAGCCGGAUGUGUCUUUGGCGCCACCCAGGAAAUGACGUCACAGGAAUGCUCGCGAGGAGCGAAAAGGUUGCGGGCACGAGCGAAAAGCUGCUGGAUGGAGAAGUGUAUCAUUACCACAGCAAGCUGAUGAUGAAAGAGGCGUAUACAGGAGGUCGGUUUGUGUGGCAUCAGGACUAUGGAUACUGGUACAAGAACACCUGCCUGUUUCCUGACAUGCUCACGGUCUUCAUCGCCAUUGACCCGUGUCGACUUGAAAACGGAUGCCUUCAGGUGCUGGAGGGGUCUCAUCGGUGCGGGAAGAUUGAGCACGUGCUGUGUGGAGCUCAGUUGGGAGCAGAGCCAGAGCGACUGGAGCAGCUGAAGAGCCGCUGCCCCCUGGUUUCCGUGGAGAUGAACCCAGGAGACGCCUCUCUUCUUCCACUCAACCUGCUCCACUGUAGCAGCCAGAACAACGGCCCCAACCGACGAUGGGCCCUCGCUAUAGCCUACAACCGCGCCGACAAUGACCCCGUGAUCGAGCAUCACCACCCCAAGUAUACAAAACUGGAUAAGGUUCCCAACUCGGCCAUCAUGGAGACGACUGUUGACUGGGAUCUGCCGUCCAAGGACAUGUUCACUGGGACGAAACGCGCGGACUUCUUUGAAGAGUUGAAGAAAAAUGAGCUGCAGAAAAACUGAAAAAUUCGAACUUGGAAAAACUCGCGUUGUAAUACUUGGAGAUAAUCAUCUGGUCUAAUGUACCUGCCAACUCUUCUCCUACUACAAUGAAACUUGAUUUGUGAUGAAAGCUUUCUUUUCUUAUUAAACGAUGGCAGAGAGGAACCCACUGUGGAAGCGUUUGGCACGAACUCCUUUGGUAUCCGAUUUUUUCGAAUCUAUUUUUUUUUUAAAUGCCAUCUGAAAAGAAUGUGUUGUCUGGAUACGGUUAUAUGCCAGUUAAAAUGUAAUUUUGUCGUGCCCUCA